AUGUCUACUCGAUGGUAUCCAAUUUAUCAAAGAGGCAACCCUCAGCUUCGUAUAUUUCUUCCAAAUUUUUGGAUGAAACUCGUUCGUCCUUUCCCUCAACAACAACCUAAUAUAGUACACUUUCAAUGUUCGAUGGAAAUGACCAAGAGUGACAUAAGAAACUAUUUAGAAAAGAUUUAUAAUAUACCCAUUAUAGAUGUUAGAUCAAGGAUAAUAACAGGAAAGUUUAAAAAGGAUAUUGGAAAGGGUUAUGUUACAAAAGAAGACGAUAUAAAAUAUGCAUUUGUAACUCUGCCAAAAAACAUGAAGUUUGAAUUUCCCAAUAUAUUUGAGAAGAAGAAAGGGGAUUUAGAGGAUAAUGUUAAGUCUCUGGAAGAAACGAAGAAAACCUUUAAACAAUAUUUAGAGCGAAAUAAGGAUCGUAGUGAUAUACCGAGUUGGUUUUCAAUAUAA